AUGCCGGUUCCUCGUUCAGUAAUCGAACAAAUCAGGCAGCUAAUACCACCACUGAAUGGAACGCUGCACAAAGGACAAUCCGGUCGUGUGGGUGUGCUGGGUGGCGCAUUAGACUACACAGGAGCACCGUUCUUCGCAGCAAUCUCCGCGUUGCGAUUUGGCGCUGACUUAUCCCACGUAAUUUGCUCCCCGACAGCCGCUGGCGCCAUCAAGUCCUACUCACCGGACCUAAUCGUUCAUCCAAUUUUAAGAGAUGAUUCAACAACGGAUAAAGUUCGUCCGGAGCUAGACUCGCUUCUGGCUCGCCUGCACGUUCUCGUUAUUGGGCCAGGUCUUGGCCGUGAAUCAUACAUGCAGUCCUACGCCCGAUUGGCUCUGUCGCUCGCCAAAUCGCGGGGGAUGUUCGUCGUCCUCGAUGCUGAUGGUCUCUAUAUGGUCGGCCAAGAUGUAUCUCUCAUCAAGGGUUACCGUCGCGCCGUCGUAACGCCAAAUGUCGUAGAAUUCAAGCGUCUAAGCGAACAAGUCGGUGUUGACCCCAAAACUCCUGAGCAAGAGAGAGCAGCAUCGGUGUCCAAGCUGCUUGGAGGAGUGACAGUCCUGCAGAAGGGUGCCUCAGACCUGAUUGCGGCCGACACUACCGGAGACCCCGCUAGCCUCGCGGAAAGUCAGCUGGAGGGACGUGACGAAGCAAAAGAAAACACGAAAGAGGUCAUCGAGGUUGAUGUGGAAGGCGGAAUGAAGCGGUGCGGUGGGCAAGGUGAUAUACUGAGUGGCUGUGUUGGAACGCUCCUGGCGUGGGGCAAGUGCUACGAAACGGGUGCCUUUGGGGAUCAAUCUAUACCGCCUUCGCGAUUCCCUUUACUCGCCGCGGUAGGUAGCAGCAUGGUAACACGCACUGCUAGCCGGCGUGCUUACUCUAAGGAGGGACGAGGCGUCGUCACUCAGGAUAUGCUACCCGAGAUAGGAAAGGCCUUCGCGGAAGUGUUUGGGGAAGAAACGCAAGGUCAAGACAAAGGCCGUCUUUGA